AAGUCCAAGUCCAAGUCCAAGUCCAAGUCCAAGUCCAAGUCCAAGUCCAAGUCCAAGUCCAAGUCCAAGUCCAAGUCCAAGUCCAAGUCCAAGUCCAAGUCCAAGUCCAAGUCCAAGUCCAAGUCCAAGUCCAAGUCCAAGUCCAAGUCCAAGAGUUCGAGUUCGAGUUCGAGUUCGAGUUCGAGUUCGAGUUCGAGUUCGAGUUCGAGUUCGAGUUCGAGUUCG